UGCCCAUGCCGACCCUACCCAAAUCUGCACUCCUCACACACGCACCCUGCUCUUGUUGCGUGGCGUGAUUCAACAGGUUUUUAGGAAGCUUCGUCAUUUCGGGAUUUAUCCGGAAAAUCCCGCGGCAGAGCAGAUCGCAUAAAAAGUCCGAACGUUUGCAAAUGGAAGCUGAACGAAAACCUUCGGAUCUCCUCGGAGUACAACUACUGACACGCGGAGACACACAACCGCCCUGACUGACAUGGACGCCCCGAUAGUUAUUGCCAUCCUGCACUGCUUCCUGUUUGCAUCUUUGGUCCGAUCAGCUCCUGUUAGCUCGCUGACCAACUGCCCGCCGGCAUUCAGAGAGGCGGCGGAACAAGCGAAGACGCUGGUGGAGAAAAUCUUACAAGACAUCCCAGCUGUGCACAGGGCCACCGUCAACUCGGAGAGUAUGAACCCCUCUAGUCCGACCACAAACCUGCAGGUGAUGGCCACGUCGAUGGGCAUCCCCGCCUCCCCCGUCCUCAAACCGCUGUCUGAACGCUUCACACUGGACUUGUGUGUGAGUCGUAUGUUGGAGGGCAGUCAGCUGUACCACGGGCUCCUGGGAGAUUUGUCCAAGAAGCUGAGCGGACUGGAAGACCUCAGAGUCGACCUGAGGGACCUGCAGACCCACAUCAGCAAGAUGAAAGACGCGGCCCAGCUCGGCGGCGACGGUUCGGAGCAGAACCCCAGCCUGAAUCUUCAAAGUAGCUUCGACGUCCAGGUGGCGGCUCACGUGACACUGACGCAGCUGCGCUCCUUCUGCCACGAUCUGGUGCGCAGCCUGAGAGCCAUCGCCAACUCCUCCAGGCCAUAAGGCCAACCCCCGUCCAUCGGGGGGGGCACGAGCCGGCGCUGCAUUUGAGGACACAUAGUAAACUGCUGCUGUUGCGAAGAACCACUUUGCGAUCCAGAAUAGUGCCAGUCUGUGUGUGUCGCAGCAUGUCGGGCUGCCAUCAGAUAGACAUCGGCUUUAGGGAACAAUCAUAAGGAAUGUGAACAGAGCCAGAGGAUGAAUGUUUGUGAAGGAGCUCCUGCAGGUCCGGACCUGCUCAGCCGACACACUCCUCUUCUUCUUUCCGCCUUUAAAAAGACUUCUCCACCGCAGCAUUUUAAAGUAGUGCACUGAGAAAAACCUCCCGAAUAAUGUGGAGGGGUUCCCUUUCUUAUCAAGACACUGUCAGAUCUGCAGAUCUGCAGAUCAGCUGAAUCAGCGCACAUAGUAAUACUUUAAUGUUUUUCUGGUCUGUAAGCAGGUUAUUUAUGCUUUUAUUUAUUUAUAUUUAUUGUAUUUAUUGAUCCCCUUUUUAAUGGAUGCGUAUGUCUGAGGUCAUCGGAAUCUCGAUCUGUGUUUACAUAACUCAGGGCAGAGAGAGAGAGAGAGAGAGAGAGAGAGAGAGAGAGAGAGAGAGAGAGAGAGAGAGAGAGAGUCAUUACAGGAAACUCCAGGGAGUGAAGUGAAAUAUCUGUUGAGUAAAUACAGUCAUGGAGCAAUGUUGCUUCACAGCUUAUGAAUCAGAGAGCUUAUCAUGUUUACACAUCACUAUAACGAAAUGUUUUUAUAUCUCGGGAUAACAUGACGUGUGUAUUUGCUUUAUUUAGGAAUGGUACAUUUAUUUAUCUAUGUUGUGACAUUAUUUAUAGCAUAAAAAUAUUUAUGGUUUGAAUUUUCAGAUUAAAAUGACAUGCAUGUUUGUUUGUUCAGAACUUAACUAUUUAAGUAUGUCUAUUGUGAAAUGAAAUAUUUAUGUAUUGAAGUCUCAGAUUAAAAUGCAGGUUUUUUUUGAUAAAAAAUAUAUAAUUUAUGUAUGUUUUAAUAUUUCACAAUUUUGUAUAUGUAUUUAUAAAAUCAAAUAUUUAUAUUUUAUAUUUUUCGGAUAAAAUCGUGUUUUUCUAUUUCCAGACAAACUGUAUUUAUUUAAUUUUAAAAUGAAUUGUACUUUUUUUUUAUUUUGGAAGAAACUAUUUGUUUUUAUACUUCAGAAUGAAAUGCCAAUAAAGCAUA